AUGUGCCGCAAACAGCCCGGCAUAGUCGUUGGCAAGCUCUGUCAACGCUGUGAGGGGAAAUGUGUCGUAUGCGAUUCGCUAGUGUCGCAAACGACAGAGGCAAGAAUUUGUGACGAGUGCAACUACGGAACUUUCCAGGUAGGACAUCUCUCUCUUGACGAAAAGUCGCUUCGAAACCAAAGAAUGAUAUCAAAUCGCAAGGGAUCUGACACAUUCUCAUUCUACGUUUUACUCCCCGAUUCUGCAUUCAACUUAACUUUCGCGUAG